GAAAAAAAAAACCGACCAGCGUGGGCCUCACAUCGCACAAUAAACCAGCUUUUUUGCUUUUUAUCAUUUGCUCCAUAUAUAUUCACACCUUUAUGGCAUCAAAGUAGUCGCUCCUUUCUAUUCAUCUCUCGUUCUUUUUUUCUUCCAUUCCUUUUUCCAACUUCUCCCUCAUAUACCAUGACCCCACCGAUAUGUUCAUCCCCCGGAUCUUCCGCUCAUGAUGAUGAUUCAACCAUUUCCAAGAAACGCACCCGUGUAACUCCAUCGCAACUCAUCAUACUGGAAGAAACCUUCAGUGUCACCGCUACUCCCGACAGCAAGAUGCGCAAACGAUUAGCAGAGAAACUGGAUAUGCCCGAGCGCUCCAUACAGAUCUGGUUUCAGAACCGUCGUGCCAAAGUGAAAAUGCUGCAACGUCGCGCUCUUCUCAGGGAAGAGCAGAGUCGAGUGCACACCAAUCUGGGUCCCGAAAAUGGGCCAUGUCCUGCUAAUUCUUUCUGGUACCCUACAAUGUCAUUUCCUUCCAACUCCUUAUCAUGUGCCAAACUUCCGCUUCAUCGUGCCUGGAGCACCGAUAAUAUUCAUUCCGCUUCCCUGCCUUAUCCUCCGCUUCCACCGCCACCACCGCCGGCAUCCUUAUUCCCUUUUUCCUUUGAGUCCCUUUCCAUGACGUCGCACGUUCCACCCUUGGAAGAAACCCACUAUGGAACCUACAGCAACACCGUCUCUCCCACUUCCACUCCGCGUGCCUUUUCCGAUCUGGAUCUCCAACGCACAGCGAGCGAUAUUGUGCCUGGUGUUCCCAAUCCAGCAAUGACUGUGAUGACGCAUCCAGUGCAGAAGCCGAAUAAUUCUUGCUUCAUCACAGCCGGAGCGUUAACCAUUGGAACGUGGCAUCGGAUGAAAAUAAAUCAACAGGACUUGCUUUGCUAUUACAGCUUGCCGGAUAGAUCAUUCACCUGGCACAUUUGUGACAGCAACUACCAUUUUAAGAUGGCAGUAUCAUCUGAUGCCAUUGCGGCUAUUGUGUUGAACAUUUUGGACGACGGUAUCUCGGCGCAUAUCGAUAUCCACCUGACCGCACCUCCCAUCUUCUUCAUGAAAAAUCAAACUCCCACAGGUGCAAAUUGGAUCCAAUGUAGUGAUUAUACAGAGGGUAUGCAAGCCACCUGUAUCAUGCAACAUUCGGUACAAGGACUGGCUGUCGAUCUAAGACAAGAACUAUUAGCCAUUGUCAGCGUGGAUCAGCAGUUGAGUCGUAUCACACGAUUUCCCAUGCAGACUCUACCAGGUCCUAUGACGAUGUCCAUCCCGACUCCCAGUUCUUCUGUUUUUGACCAGUCGCUUCUUUUCUCCCAGUUCAUUAGACAUCAGAGUCUUCCUGCAGCUGGCGAUACCCAAUGGCUUCAGCCCACCAUGUUCUGAUCCACAUAUAAAAUUGAGUGCAUCCCCGCUAUUCCUUUAUACAUAUAUAUCCUUUGUCAUCUAUAUCUUUUUUGAAUGGCCUUUUCUAUACUUGCGUUUCCCCUCCUUUUUUUUUCCUCUUUUCUCUUGUUUGUGUCCAACAUGUAUAUGUUAUUUGUCUCAUCGGCCCGUUAUGCUUUUCAUCUAUAGAACUUAUUUAUUCUUUUAUCUGCUACCUUUUUUUCCCCAUAGAAGCUUCAUUCAUCUUGAAAUAAAAUAGACAAGAAACCACGAUUCAUGGAUUUCACAAACAACAAAAAAUUUCUUGCACAAAUGAAAAAUUUUAGAUCGUUCAGUCAAACAAACUCAC